AUGUUUACCUAUAUAUAUUCACACCUACACCCAACCACACCCCCACGUUCACAGCUCGGACCGUCAUACGAAGGUUUGGAAUUGGGUAUAGGCGAGGGUUUAAUCAAGAAACUGUUGGCCGAAACCACAGGACAGUCACAACAGGCCAUACGAGAUUCACUGCAGUUGUUGGGCGAUUUGGGGAAGGUCGCGGAGACUAAGAAAGCCACUCAAUCCGUGCUGUUCAAGCCUAAGGCCCUGUCUGUUCCCAAUGUAUACAAAAGCUAUGUGACCCUGGCUAAGAUGUCAGGCGAUAAAGUACAGCGGAACAAGACCCGACUUCUCUCAAUAUCUGAAAAUGGGCUGUUUAUCGUUGGUUCCACAGGUGAUAAAAUCAAGAGCAUGAUGGUAGCUGGGAGUUCGCUCGAAGCUAAAUACGUAGUACGUGCAAUGCAGGGCAAGUUGCGCAUUGGACUGGCCGAAAAGAUAGUACUGGCAGCCCUGGCCCAGGCGUACACCAUGACUCCGCCCGUGCGAGAUGGGGGUGCGUGA